CUCCUAUCGGUUCCUUGACUAACAAUUAUCAUUUCUCACCAAGCUAAUCUUUAUUGUUUAUCUGAUGUAUCAUAUCACUUGCAGCCAAAGAGAAGGAGGUUAAAAAUCCAGACUAAAUUGCACUAAAGUCAGCAAAGAACUUGCUUGACAUAAGCUCCAGCUACGAGUUUCCAGCCUCUCGAGAUGUCAGGUCCCCGAAGCCCCCACGCCGUGUGCGUCCCGUUCCCCGCGCAGGGGCACAUAAACCCGAUGAUGCAACUUGCCAAGCUCCUUCACUGGAGAGGCAUCUACGUCACCUUUGUCAACACAGACUUCAACCAUAGGCGCCUGAUCAAGUCCAAGGGCCUGGAGUCUCUAGACAGGGUGGAUGAUUAUUUCCAGUUUCGAGCCAUCCCUGAUGGGCUACCUCCAUCGGAUCGAAACGCGAUGCAGGAUGUGCCCGCCCUGUGUGAUUCAACACGCAAGAACAUGUUGGGCCCAUUUAGGGAGUUGCUGGUUGAGAUUAACUCAUCCAAGGAGGUUCCUCCCGUGAGCUGUAUAGUUUCAGAUGGGGUGAUGAGCUUUGCCAUUGAAGCUGCCAAAGAAAUUGGGGUCCCUGAGGUUCAGUUCUGGACCGCCUCUGCCUGUGGGUUCAUGGCUUAUUUGAAGUUCCCUGAGCUUUUCAAUAGGGGCAUUGUUCCAUUUAAAGAUGAAAGCUACAUGACCGAUGGAACUCUUGAUACCCCGGUUGACUGGAUUCCCGGCAUGAGAAACAUCCGUCUCCGAGACAUCCCAAGCUUCAUUCGGACUACAGAUGCAAACGACAUCAUGUUUGACUUCAUGGGCAAUGAAGCACAGAGCUGCUUGAAAUCACCCGCUAUCAUAUUCAACACGUUCGACGAGUUCGAAAAUGAAGUGCUACAAAAGAUUGCAGAAAUAUCCCCUCCAAUAGACAGCAUAGGCCCCCUUCCAUUGCUUAUAAGGCAAGUCCCCGACGAGGCUCAUUUGAAGUCAUUCCGGUCUAACCUAUGGAAGGAAGACUGCGAAUGCCUGGAGUGGCUUGAUCAGAGGGAACCUGACUCAGUCCUUUAUGUGAACUAUGGGAGCAUCACGGUGAUGAGUGAUGAGCACCUGAUUGAGUUUGCUUGGGGUCUUGCCAAUAGCAAGCACCCAUUCCUCUGGGUGAUCAGGCCAGAUCUUGUGAAGGGCGAUUCGGUUAAUCUGCCUCAGGAAUUCCUGGAGGAGACCCAGGACAGAGCAUUCCUGACCAGCUGGUGCCCCCAGGACCGAGUUCUGGCCCACUCUUCUGUCGGGGCGUUCCUGACUCACUGCGGGUGGAAUUCUAUCAUAGAAGCUCUGUGUGGCGGAGUACCUCUGAUCUGCUGGCCUUUUUUCGCAGAGCAACAGACAAACUGCUGGUACGCAUGUAAUGAUUGGGGUAUUGGUGCAGAGGUGAACCCAAACGUGAAGAGAGACGAGAUAGAAGGCCUCGUGAAGGAGGUUAUGCGAGGGGAGAAAGGAAAGCAGAUGAGGAGAAAAGCUAAGAUGUGGAAGGAGAGAGCUUUGGAAGCAGCUAACCAUGGAGGGUCGUCCUACAAAGAUUUCGACAGAUUCAUCAACAAAGUCUUAAACUUUGAUGUAAAGAUUUAAGCAUGUUUCGACUAUCAGAACCUUAAUAAAGGCAUUUUCGCCUUUGUAUCCAUAAAGCAAAGUAGUUCCACCAAUCAA